AUGAUAGAAUUAACAAGCGGUUCUCCAAAAUUCAAAAAAUUGAUUUAUUCGUCGCAUGCUAUCGAAUCGCCCUAUACGCUCAAACAGAAAGGUCUGGUCGAAGCCGUCCAGGAUGAUAAUGAUCAAUGGCAUUUUAGCGUUGGGAAAGAGAAGGGUUUGGAUUUAAAUUUGAGUGGACUUCUGAGUCUGUUCGCCGAAGAAUGGUCUCAAUUUAAUAACAUGGAAGAAUAUGAUCCUGGACUGGUCCUGAAUCCCGUUCAAUACUUUACUCGGACCAUUAAUGGUAAACCUCCUAAACGGAACUCAGAGCCGAUGUUCCCAUACGCAUUGCAACAAGUGCCUCCGGAAGUGCUCGAACAAAUUCGAAUCGUUGGUCCGGAAGAGUACGAGAGGGUAUUGAAGGAAGCAAUGAUAGAGGCUACAAAAAUCAUGAAGGCCAAUUGGACAAGUCUGAAAAAGGUUUAUUGGUGGCAAGAUAGGAACAAACGACCUGAUUCACCUACGAGAGAUUAUCUUAGAUGGACCGCUGUCCUGAUCGAAGGCCCGGAACUGAUGUAUCAUGAUCUGAUUUGGUCAGAUGAAGGAUCGAUUCCUCCCGAUGUGGAAGAGCCGCUGGAUGAGAGAAGUGUAGGAAAAUGA